AUGUUCCUCUUCAUGGCGAUGAUUUUCUCGGAACUGUGCAUGCCAACCGAGGCAGCAGAACAUCCAGGUUCUCAAAGUCGAGCGGUAAAAGGCCAUUUUGUGGACGGAAGGAUAAUGUUCGACCACAAAGCCGCACCUCAGCCAGCUUUGCACCGUCGAGACGACUCAGCCAGCACAGAUACUGCAUCAACGACUACAGCCGCCGAGGUCGCUGUGACUUCCUCGAGUUCGGAUUCUUCAACUACGCCCACAUCACUCCCGAGGGCCUUUGACGGAGGGUUCGGUACCAACUUCACCCAACCCAGCUGUCCCACCUUCCUCCGCUCCAUGGUCAGCAACGACACCUUCAUCUCCUGCGUACCGUUCAGCCUCCUCCUCCAAAACUCCAUGUCCUUCUUCGACGCCACCCGAACCCCCUCCACCAUCACCGCCGUCCUCGACGCCUCCUGCUCCGUCUUCUUCCCCGCCUGCUCGGCCCUCAUGUCCUCCCUCGCCGUCACCCUGCGCUCCUCCAGCGCGUGCCAGGCCGACUACGGCAGCGAGAACCCGCAGGUGCGCCAGGCCUACGCCGGCCUCCUCGCCUACGACGUCUCCUACGCCGCCUCCUGCCUGAAGGACCCCCCGGCGGCGGCGGACAACCACAACCCCAACAACAACAGCGCCUACUGCUUCGCCAACGCCGUCACCAACGCCUCCUCCCCGACGGACAGCUACGUCUACUACGUGCCCCUGGGCAUCGGCCUGCCCUCGGGCAGCCUGCCGACCUGCGACGCCUGCCUCGCCGCCACCAUGGCCGUCUACGCCGCCGCCGCCCCGAACCGGACCCAGCCGCUCAACCUCGACUACGUCGCCUCCGCCACCCUGAUCAACGAGAUGUGCGGGCCCGCCUUCGUCAACGCGAGCGUCCCGGCCGCCGCCGGCGGAGCCGCCGGCGGCGGCGGCGGCGGGGGGAGCAAGUCCGCCGCGUCGCGGGCCGGGGCGGCGUGGGGGGCUUGGGUGGGCGCGCUGGUCGGUGCGGCGGCCGUGGUCGCGGCGUCGUGA